AAUCCAAUCGCUGCCCAGCCAGUUACCUCUUCCCUUGGCGCAAAGUUAUCCUCGCGUUCAGGGCCGAAAUUCAUCGCGCGCCGCCCGCAUCGGUGACGUGGUUUGCCAACAGAGCAAAUAGCAUCAGUUGUUCCCUUCUAAAUCCAGGACCCGCUGCGCGCCCCAAAAACAGCUAAAAAUCAUGUCGUCGACCUCUCCUUCGAAAGAACCUGAAGUGGAACCUGAAGUUCAAUCAGGUGAAGAGCAGGAACAAAUGGACAAGGAACAACAGGACCAGGCACAGAAUCAGGGAGAGUUUGAAGUGAAGGAGCAGGAUAGGUGGUUACCCAUUGCCAAUGUUGCCCGCAUCAUGAAAUUGGCCCUGCCAGACAAUGCCAAGAUUGCAAAAGAAGCCAAGGAAUGUAUGCAAGAAUGUGUGAGCGAAUUCAUUUCGUUCAUUACUAGCGAAGCGUCCGAGAAGUGCCAACAGGAAAAGCGCAAAACCGUCAAUGGAGAGGAUAUCCUGUUUGCCAUGACCUCACUGGGUUUUGAAAACUAUGCGGAAGCCCUUAAAAUCUAUUUGUCGAAGUACCGUGAGACCCAAUCCGCAAGGGGUGAGCAUCAAAAUAGGCCGACAAGCAGCGGAUACGCCUCUGGCGGACCUGUCGGGGGCGUAAGCUCCGCUCCGGGAGGACGUCCGGCAACCGCGGGAGCGUUCCCCGAUGCUGCUGAUAACGCCAACAGCAUCAUGAAUCCAAACUUAGAUCCCGCUGAACAAGAUGCCUCUGCCUACGGGUACCCGCCCAUGGUGGGCCAGCCGCACAAUGGAACGGCUGGCGAUUCCUACUAGUGUCUGUGCACGUGAGAUCUGAGGAACCAGCAGCUUUCCUCCGUCAAAGAUCGACCAACGUUGCACUCGACGCGGCUUGAGGAAUUAGAAA